CUGCCAUAACUUUAAAAAACAGAAAAAAGAAAAAAAGGAAGCAAGAAGGAGAAGAAGCUAUUGUACUUGUAGUGAAGAUGGCAAAGCGUUUGAUUCCUUCACUGAAUCGCAUUUUGGUUGAGAAAAUAAUUCCUCCUUCUAAAACCAACUCUGGAAUUCUCCUUCCUGAGAAAACCCCUAAGCUGAACUCUGGAAAAGUUGUUGCGGUGGGUCCUGGAGCUCAUGAUAAAGACGGAAAGCUUAUUCCUCUUGCUGUAAAGGAAGGAGACACUGUUCUUUUGCCUGAAUACGGAGGCACUGAAGUGAAACUUGGUGAAAAAGAGUAUCAUCUGUACCGAGAUGAAGAUAUCCUGGGAACUCUUCAUGACUGAUACUUAAACAUGAGAGGCUUCUACUAUAGAAAGUGGUUGGAAAUUAAUCUAGUUAGAUACUCUUCUGAUGCAGCAUUCCUGUUUACAUUUUGGUUACUGUUGGUUUGCCAGCAUGCCAAUUGAGACUUCUAUAAACUUUAUGUGUCUUUGGUAUUCUCAAGGGAAUGAUGUUGGAAAUUAAUUUACUUCCCAUAAUCCAAAACAUAAAAGUUUCUUAUCCUUUCA